GCCGCCCGGCUCCUAGUGGGCGGUCGGAGCGCGCGGGCCCGCCUCCCGCAUAUAAGAGCGGUGCGGCACUGCAGCUAGCGCAGUUCUCACUGAGACCCGUCACCCGGACUCCACGUGAGACCCACCACCCGGACUCACCAUGCGUGAAUGCAUCUCAGUCCAUGUGGGGCAGGCAGGUGUCCAGAUGGGCAAUGCCUGCUGGGAGCUCUACUGUCUGGAACAUGGAAUUCAGCCGGAUGGACAGAUGCCCAGUGACAAGACCAUCGGUGGAGGGGAUGACUCCUUCACCACCUUCUUCUGUGAAACCGGUGCUGGAAAGCAUGUGCCCCGGGCAGUUUUUGUGGAUUUGGAGCCUACCGUAAUUGAUGAGAUCCGAAACGGCCCAUACCGGCAACUCUUCCACCCCGAGCAGCUCAUCACUGGGAAAGAGGAUGCAGCGAACAACUAUGCUCGUGGUCACUACACCAUUGGCAAGGAAAUCAUUGACCCAGUCCUGGACCGGAUCCGCAAGCUGUCUGAUCAGUGCACAGGACUUCAGGGCUUCCUGGUGUUCCACAGCUUUGGAGGGGGCACUGGCUCUGGCUUCACCUCACUGCUGAUGGAGCGGCUCUCUGUUGACUAUGGCAAGAAAUCCAAGCUGGAGUUCUCCAUCUACCCAGCCCCCCAGGUGUCCACGGCCGUGGUCGAGCCCUACAACUCCAUCCUGACCACUCACACCACCCUGGAGCACUCAGAUUGUGCCUUCAUGGUGGACAAUGAGGCCAUCUAUGACAUCUGUCGCCGCAACCUGGACAUCGAGCGUCCAACUUACACCAACCUCAACCGCCUCAUCAGCCAGAUCGUCUCCUCCAUCACAGCCUCCCUGCGCUUUGACGGCGCCCUCAACGUGGACCUGACCGAGUUCCAGACCAACCUGGUGCCCUACCCUCGCAUCCACUUCCCCCUGGCCACCUAUGCACCAGUCAUCUCUGCAGAGAAGGCCUACCACGAGCAGCUGUCGGUGGCAGAGAUCACCAAUGCCUGCUUCGAGCCUGCCAACCAGAUGGUGAAGUGUGAUCCCCGCCAUGGCAAGUACAUGGCCUGCUGUCUGCUGUACCGUGGAGACGUGGUGCCCAAGGACGUCAACGCUGCCAUUGCUGCCAUCAAGACCAAGCGCAGUAUUCAGUUCGUGGACUGGUGCCCCACGGGCUUUAAGGUCGGUAUCAACUACCAGCCCCCCACUGUGGUGCCUGGGGGAGACCUGGCCAAGGUGCAGCGUGCCGUGUGCAUGCUGAGCAACACGACCGCCAUCGCUGAGGCCUGGGCCCGCCUGGACCACAAGUUCGACCUGAUGUAUGCCAAGAGGGCGUUUGUGCACUGGUACGUGGGUGAGGGCAUGGAGGAGGGUGAGUUCUCCGAGGCCCGGGAGGAUAUGGCUGCCCUGGAGAAGGAUUACGAGGAAGUGGGCAUCGACUCCUAUGAGGACGAGGAUGAGGGAGAAGAAUAGAACCUCUGCCUGGAGCCCACUCACUAUGUUUAUUGCAAAAUCCUUUCGAAAUAAACAGUCUCCUUGCACGGUU